AUGACCGCCGUUCGCGAAGAAUUGGCCACUUUACUGGCCCAGAUUGUCACACUGAAAGAUAAUGACGCCGAAUCAUUCGACGGGGCAGAUGAGGAUUUUAGCGCCAUCAAAAUGUUCAUUACAAUGUUUUCCAACUUUUCAACAGAAGAGCAGGAGCAGUCUGAAAGAUUCAACUCGUGUUUGGCCGAAUAUGUGCACGAACAACUGGUGACAAGAAAUAUUGACGUAAGGGAAACAGAGGAUAAUUUCGAGAAUCUGGACCCCGAACUGUGGUACGAGCUGUUUGAGUUGUCGAACAAACACUGCUAUAGAGAAAUUGGCAUUGCAUUUACCUUGAUUUUGAGUCUUUUGCAGGCCUCGUUUGUUAAUCGCCAAAAAUUGGCUCGAGCGAGGGAUAUAAAGGUUUUCCUGUGGAACUACAUAGAGCAUGAGCGGAACGAAUCUAUUCGACAAAUUGCGUCCGAGAUUUUUGUCCAAAUGUUAUCGGUGCAUUGCGAAGCAAGCGACUUUAUUCGCUGCGUUAUCAGCCCCGUUGAAAAGGAGAUGUAUCGUCUCAAAAUUCUGCAUUCGCUGGCCGUUCUACUCCGCGACCAGCGCUAUCACAGCUUUUUCUCUCUUGAGAAUUAUUGGCUCCAUAUUCCGCUCGAAGAGCGACGCGGAGAAGUGACGUUAUUAGCUUGGAUAUCGCUUAACUCCCUGACAUCGAAUAGACUCUUAUCCAUCGAUGGAAGGCUACAUUUGGAAAUAAGAGAAUCAAAGUUGUGUCUCUCAAAUGACGACUGUGUCUUAGGCGUGUUCGAAUCAUACGAAUUUUUCACGGAUAUUCUUUACUGCGUGUCUUUCGUUAUUGGAACCGAAAGCAUAAGUUUUCUGGUCGAUGGGGUACCAGUAGACACUCUCUUUAUAUCGUCUCUUACCUUGAGGGCUCAUAAUUCAGUUACAAUUGGCUCAGGGAUUUGUUCGUUCAAGAUCUUUAAGCUGUGGUUGUGGACAGAAGUUCUCCCUGAACCUGUAAUUCGAUUCUUUAGUGCUGGUGGGUUGUACCAUACUAGAAAAUGGAGCAGUAGAAGCCCGUCUGACGCAAUCCUUGAAAACUGUGGAGACCACCUUGUCGGUGAGAUUUCUUCGAUCAAUGAAUUAUCUGGUACGAGUUUAAGUGCUUUCAGGAGUGAACUCCAGUCCUUGAGCUAUGACUCGCUCGUUAUUGAUUGGGUCCCUCCCUUUGUCGCGUGUGAAAGUAAAGAUAUUGGCAGCGACUCAACAAUUGACUUGUACAAAUCAGGUGAACAAAUUGGAAAAUGUUAUUGUUUCAAAAGUGCAGACUUUACUGCCGCCAUUGCAUCGGGAAACAUUGUUGAGAGGCUUUUGGACAAUAUGAUAGACAUCUCAGACAUCUCGCAACUCCAUUUCCUAACUGAAAUCCUUUUUUCUCUAUUGGAAUUUCCAUCCAUAGAACAUGAAUUCGAAAAGAAAUAUAGUUUCUCAACACUCGCAUACCUUUUCAAAGCUCAAACACUGCAACUGAAAACUUCGCUAUCAAUUCAAUUUCUGUUACUGUUUUUGCAGUACUGUGGGUUUAGCGUUGCUAGCUCUAAAAGUCCGAUCCUCAAGCACGUUAACGCUUUCAAGAAUCUUAUUUUGAAUUUUGAUCUUUGGAGAAGUGAUUUUUUGCCGGACCCCUCUUCUGACGAGAUCGAGACUAUGCGAUUUGUUCUUUUCCAGAUAAUAGAGCUAAUGACCACUUCAGAGCACAAUGUUUACAAUUCGAGGUUGAUGCAGCGACACGACAUACUUGGCAAUCUUUUGAGCCAACAACACUCUGCGUAUUCCGGGAAUGUCUCGAAUUUUGUGUACUCGCUAAAUGAAGAAUUAAUUGAACUCUAUGGGACGCUUGUAUGCGAGAGUCGUUCUUCUAAGUCCAUCUACUCAUUGCUCAGAUUUUCAUUAUAUGAAAUUGAAAACUUCAAUCUCCAAAGUGCCCUCAUAGCUUUGAGGGCAUCACGACUGGCUUUGCAGAAAUUUGUGGCGAUGAAGGAUAUAACGAUCACGGAGAAGCUUAUUGGCGCCGUGUCUAUAAAAGUCAUUGUCAUGAUCAUGGAGUCCACAGAAUCGCCGGACGCUCUUUUGAUCUCCUUGGAGUUACUACUAUCUAUGUUGCAUCUGAAUGUUGAGGGCCGCGAGAACUUUGUGCGCAGCAACGGAUAUUCUUUGCUUUACGAAUUUUUCAUGAAUUUUAAAGUUUCCGAUUUUCCAUCAGUUAUAAGUUUGUUGUGGAUGUAUUCUUUGGGCCCUGACAUAUCCAAUCGCGAUGAUCUGACAUUGUUGACGUUCUUUGAGCAAAGAUUUCUAUGUGUUGAGAAAAUCGCGCUUUUAGAAAAUCACUACCUCAUAGUUGAUUUAAUUGAAUGGGCAGUGAUUAACGAUAUCAAAGGGCGCUCACGAGAAGACGUCUCACAAUCCACCAAUUUGUACCUUGACAUUAUUGCUUCUUGGCAAUCAACCACUCCUUCAUGUACUCUUUUCGACCCCAGGAAAUCUUCUUACCUCAUAAAGCUACUUGAGCUUUAUGUAACACUGACCAAACCCCAAAAUUGCCAUACUUACUCAAUUGCAUCUCAGAAGGUCUCGGAGUUGCUCGCGUCGUGUGUUAUUGAAGGUAUGAUGUCUUUAGCCCCACAGCAGUUUGCUGAGUUCCUGGAAAGCAUCGUCAAACCCAAGCAAUCCGGUUAUACUAACCUAAGACCAUCGAGUCCCUCCAGAGUAAGUGGCUAUAUUGAGAUGGUUUUUUGGCUGAGCGCUUUUCCUUCUAUUGUUGAGCGACUCUAUGGAUUCAUACCUACAUUUGAGUUUCUCUUUGACCAGAAUGCGAACAUGUUCUCCAAUUUCAUUCACCUCCUGCAGAAAACUGCCGACUGCUGCGAAGCCGAUGCAGCGAAUGGUCCUCUGCUCUUGAAAGCUCACAAAUGUGUCGUUUCUGCUUGUGAAACCAUCGUAAGCUUGUCCUCGAUCGAUGUUAAACGUGCUGAACGUCUGAAAGUGCAAAAAUUAGAGAAUCGGCUGGUUUUUGAAAACUGCAUGGUCUUUCGUGCAACUAAUUCCUCUGCUUCAGAGGAUUUGCUAAAGGAGUUUUUAGAGUCUCUUAUGUUUCACCAGGAAAUCCUCUUUUCUCGCGCCAGCUCCUUCCAGCUACUGACCAGGAGCAGUGUUGCGACCAUUCUGACAGUUUUAGUUCACCGCGCCAAUUAUCAUGAUCCUUCAAAUGCAUCAUUGAUUCUGAAUUGUUUUAGGGUUAUCUCUUUACAUCGAGUCGAUGCUCUAGAGGAAAUAUCAACUGCAACUGAGAAGAAGGCGAGGGAGAAGUUUGUUCAAAAUAUGGCUACUCUUAUCACAUUAAGCGAUGAGGAGCUUUCCUCUCUAAUUACUCAAGAGGGCUGCCACACAAUUUUCGAGAAGUAUCUGAACAGUUCCUGCCCUCAAGGGGAAGAAAGGAACAAGAUAGGAGAAAGUGAGAGAAAGAAAGGCACACUUGCUAAGCUCGCUACUUUAAGGAACCAGCAGAUGGAAAACAGAGCGAUGCGAAUACAGAAAUUACGACAAGCCUUUCGUAAAGACAGUCUCACCUUAUAUCAGAAGCACAUAAGCGCUGAAGAAACUAAAAUUUUGAACGAUAUUGCGGACCGAGAGGACCAGUCGACCUCGGUACUUGAGAAAUUAUUGGCAUUGAGAACCAUUGUGGCAGGCCGCAAAUGGGUACAAGAGCGUUCUGGAGAGGAACCACUUUGGAUGCUCGAUUCUUCCGAAAAUAUCAACAGGAUGCGUCGGCGCUUGCUUCCCAAAUAUCUGAUUCCUACGUUUGUUCAACCGGAGCGACCUCUCUGUGGUCUCGGGGAGGGUGGUAUUGUUCCUUCAAACUCUGUGUCUCAUAACAACUCACAAAUGCGGCGUUCCAGCAUAAUGUCUUUCGAAAUUGUACAUGAGUUUAACGGGCAUGACACAUAUAGACCAGCGCCUCAUAACAGAAACCGGAAGAUACUGAAGCUUUUGAAAAAUGAUGACUCUAUCAACCACAUUUGGAACUGCAGCCACGUAAUAGGGUUGCGCGUCAAUGAGGGUAUUCUUAUCAAAGGUGAAAAGUACGUUUAUCACAUACGAAACUACUUUUUUUGUUCCGAUUCCAAUAAGAUCAUCGAAUUGGCAGACGUAUCACAGGCCAUGCGCGAUGGAGCCGUUAGUCUUAUCAAUCAACCUGACCACCAUGAAAGCGGGAAUAUUCAUCAACACGAAAUGUUAUGUUGGGAAAUGUCAAAGCUGGCAUUUGUUACCAAACGCCCAUUCCUGCUGAGGGACUUUGCACUUGAACUAAUUUUCGAACAUGGGGAAAAUUGCUUCUUUACGUUUCAUUCAGCCUCUUUGAGAAACGAGGUAUAUCGCGAGAUGAGCCAUGACUGUAGGGCAUUUGGAAUUGAUCCUCUUUUAGAAAGUUCUUUCAGGGAAAUUGACCUGCGAAGUCACGAUAUCGGAAUAAAAAAUGGGCUGUUGUCCUCGAGUUUGUCAAGCAAAUUUGUAAAUGUCUUUUACAAUCUGCAGGACGCUCAGUCGUCGUUUGAUGCCUUGAAGAAAUGGCAAAAUGGACAAAUAUCGAAUUUCUUUUAUUUGAUGAUCGUCAACACAUUGGCAGGCAGAACCUUUAAUGAUUUGACACAGUAUCCGGUGUUCCCUUGGGUCAUUGCCGACUAUGAUAGUGAAGUUUUAGAUCUGGAGGAUCCUAAUACUUUUAGAGAUCUUUCGAAACCUAUGGGAGCACAAUCAGAGAAGCGAAUGAAUCAAUUUGUAGAGCGAUAUGAAAUGCUUUCGAUGCUGAACCAAAGUGAUUCCCCUCCUUUUCAUUAUGGAACCCACUACUCUUCCGCAAUGAUUGUCUCUUCAUAUUUGAUGCGUCUAGAACCGUUUGUGAGCUCUUUUCUCCUGUUACAAGACGGAAAAUUUGGUCACGCAGAUCGAUUAUUCAAUUCAAUAGGGCGUACAUGGCGCUCUGCUGCCGUCGAAAAUUCAACAGACGUCCGAGAAUUAAUGCCCGAGUUUUUCUAUCUUCCGGAUUUUUUGACAAAUAAAAAUCAUUAUGACAUGGGGGUGCUUCAAAGUGGCGAUGCGGCGGGCGACGUCGUACUUCCUCCUUGGGCCAAGAAUGAUCCAAAAAUCUUCGUUCAAAAAAAUCGAGAGGCCUUGGAGAGCCCAUACGUCUCCAAAAGCUUGCAUUUGUGGAUCGACUUGAUUUUUGGAUACAAGCAGAAGUACAAGGAGGCCGAAGAGGCAGUUAAUGUGUUCAAUAAGUUAAGUUAUCCCGGCAAUAUCAACUUGGAUGAUAUUGAUGACGAAAAUGAAAAAAAAGCGAUAACCGGCAUUAUUUAUAACUUUGGACAGACUCCUCUUCAAGUUUUUAGCUCUCCUCACCCCUCCAAAAAUGAGAUUAGGGCACAACAGAAUUUAUUUGCUGCAUGGUGUGAGGUGGCUAGUCGCCCAACCUCGCAUAUUGAGGCAACACUACCCAUUUUAAGGGACAAGACGCGAGAGCCUUUGAGAGUGAGUUUGAACCUUAUCAAAGCCUUGCCCUGGAGACCAUGUUUCCCCAAAUUGUGGGAAGAAGAUAUCUCUGUGAGAGGACCAUCGCUUUCAAUUGGUGGAAAGGUGUUUAGCGGUCUCCAUGAAACCAAGGUGACGGCGUUGGUAGUGAACGAGUUUGAGAUUCUAACAGCGGACAAAAUUGGUGCCAUUAAGUUAUGGUCGCUUGAUUCAACAGGUGGAGAAUAUGAGCUUAAAGAGGUGAAAACAUUUUACGGGCAUCUCUUCCGAGUAACCCAAGUUUUCCGUCUUGCGGAAUAUAGCGUUAUUGUUUCUCUGGAUUCAAAUGGAACGCUCCUAGCAUGGGACACGGUAAGUGGUGACAUUAUCCGACGUUUUGCAGAGGAAGUCAGAUACGCUGCUCCCUCUAGCGUCACAGCCAAUGUUGCCGUGAUUAAUCUCCAAAAUGAGCUCACUAUAUUUGACAUUAACGGUAAUGCUUACGUCAACGUGAGCUUAGGAGAAGACGCCGCCACGUCUGUUGCUUUUGGCGAAGUUUACGAUGCUGGUGGAAACAUAGAUAGACAUCGCUACGAGGCGGUAAAAGACGAAUUUGUGUUAGUGGGGUUCGCUUCGGGAGACUUGGCAAUGUACAGGCUCAGGGCGGACACCGGUAUUGGAUUUUCUGCAGAUAGAAUCCAUACAUUGCAUUUGAAUACCAAAAAUACUAUCACAAGCAUAAAAGCAGUCGCAAGGGAAUUAUCGGUAACCGGUUCUGGAUCGGUAACAUACGAAUGCGCAGUCGCUGCUGGCAGCGAAGAAGGGUCCAUUAAUUGCUGGACAUCGAAAUAA